AUGACAACAGCAUCGCCGUGCUUCCGUCGGUGUCCAGAUGUCACGACUAACGUCAGACCUGGUCCGCGGGAGAACCAAACAAAGCUUACUCAAAAUACUUCAUCUUCCCAGGUUUUUCAGUUCUUGAAUGCAAAAUGUGAGUCUGCAUUCCUUUCCAAGAGAAACCCCCGUCAAAUCAACUGGACUGUUCUGUAUAGGCGUAAACACAAGAAAGGACAGUCAGAAGAGAUACAGAAGAAGCGCACGCGUCGUGCUGUUAAGUUUCAGAGGGCUAUCACUGGUGCAUCGUUAGCUGAGAUUAUGGCUAAACGAAAUCAGAAGCCCGAAGUACGAAAGGCACAGAGGGAACAAGCUAUUAGGGCUGCAAAAGAAGCCAAGAAGGCUAAGCAGGCAACCAAGAAAACGGCUGUUUCUGCUGCAAAGGCUCCUACAAAGGCAGCACCUAAGCAGAAGAUUGUGAAACCAGUCAAGGUUUCUGCUCCCCGUGUUGGUGGAAAGCGCUAACUUGCCGAACUGUUAGUCAUGCUGAAUAAAUAUCUCACUAACUUUCA